AUGCCGCGCAGAAGUGUGCGACUUGAGAAUGCGGGGUACUACGAUGUGGACGGUAGCCCUCGCAUCUCCUAUUCCACUGUGACCCGGCGUCACACUUUCCCCCAGGACCAGGUGAGACCCCCUCAGGUCCAUGUGUCUGAGCCAGUCCCGAGGUCUGAGCCAGUCCAGAGGUCUGAGCAGACCAGGUCUUGGCGCUGGUUCAACUGGUUCAGCUGGGGCUUGCUCCUGAGGCUCCUCUUCUCCCUGACGGCCCUGGUGAUCUCUGAAGCUCACAUGUGGGGCCUGAGGAAGGAGCUGCAUCAUCUCCAGCAGGAUCUGGGACGUCUGCAGACAAUGGUGCCGUCUCAGGCCACCCUCUGGGCAAACUUUGCGUUGGCAUCGCAUGGAGCUCAGGUCCUAGCCGCCCUCAGCUCCAGCACCCACCAACAAAAGGGUUGGCUGACUCCCAGUUGGCUGACACCGUACUCUCCAGGGGAGUUGGUCACAGGAGAGAUCCUGUCGGCUCCAAAGGCCUUCGCCCUUUAUGGUCUGGAGGAAGUGGAUGGACCAAAGAUCAACCUGGGGACCUUCCAGUACGAGUCUGAUGGAGACUCAUUCCAGACCUUUGAGAUCAAAGAGCACACCUCCAAGAUCUUCAAGUUUGUGAAGCUGGAGGUCCUGACCAACCAUGGCCACAAGGACUACACUUGUCUGUACAACUUCAGGGUCCAUGGGAAAAUCCCUGAGGCUGCAACCACCUGGUAA